AUGAAAUAAAAAAAUCGUUUUUUUUUUCUUCUUUCCUCUAGCACUCACAGACCACAGUCACAGAUCAAAAGCUUUAUUUCUUCACUCUUCUUCGCCAAGAUCUGGAACUCAAAUUCACAACUCCGUCUGCACGAAAAUGGCAUCCUAAAUUGGAGCUAAUGAUGACUUAACUCCUUGGCAUCAGAAGAUCCGGCGAGUGGGUUAUACAAAUGGAGAGCGAGGUGCCUCGGUCAGUAGCUUUGCGCUCGAACCGGAGAGGAGAAAGGAGCAACCAAAUCCCUAUUUCCAGAGAUGACCAAGAUGGGUUCUUUUCGCCUGGGAAAGUGGCCGCUGAUUAUCCGAUCAAAUUGGUGUGGAAGAGAGGGUUCGUUCGGCUGGUGUUCGUAGCAGGGAUCGUUUGGAUGCUGCUCAUUCUCAUUGUACUGUUGUUUCAUGUCUGGUCUUGUCAAUCUUCUUACGAUUUCUUUUCAGCUAUUUGUAACAAAGAAAGCAAGGUAUACGGCCUUUUAAACACAUGGGGUUUUGUACAGCAACAGCAUCGUUGCCCAAUACCUGUUGUAGAUGACCCCAACAAGAUAGUUAUUCCCGAGGGAAAGACUUCGGACAGUAUAAUCACCCGUCUUUCGUAUGUUAUGGAUGAUGACGAGCCUCUCAAUAAUGGAUCGUCAUCACCUUUAUUUGGAGGACUCAUAAGCUGGGCAGAAAGAGAGGAGAGUUUCAAAAUAAAACCCUCCAUGAAAGUUCAUUGUGGAUUCAUACGUAACGGUGGUGCAGAAAUGGACCCCAAUGACAUUGAGUAUGUCAAGAAGUGUAGAUUUGUUGUUGCUUCUGGAAUUUUCGACGGUUAUGAUGUGCCCCACCAGCCCUCUAACAUAAGCCAUCGUUCUAAGGAGCUCUUCUGUUUUCUUAUGGUGGUGGAUGAGGUGUCUCUCGAGUUCAUUAAGGAAAACACCACUAUUAGGACGGAUAGUAAAGGCGGUCAAUGGGUUGGAAUCUGGCGUCUUAUCCCGUUGAAGAACCCGCCAUAUGAUGAACCCAGAAGGAAUGGCAAAGUCCCCAAAAUUUUAACCCACAGAUUGUUCCCUCAAGCUCAAUACAGCAUUUGGAUAGAUGGUAAAAUGGAGCUUAUUGUUGAUCCUCUGCUAUUACUGGAAAGAUACUUGUGGAGGGGGGAGAACACGUUUGCUAUUGCUCAACAUAAGCACCAUAGAAAUGUAUACGAGGAAGCUGAUGCAAACAAACGGAGGAAAAGAUAUGCCCGGCCGCUCAUUGAUCUGCACAUGAAAAUCUACAGAUACGAAGGGAUAGAACCCUGGAGCACCAAGUCAGGCACCAUCAGUGAUGUACCCGAAGGAGCAGUGAUCAUCAGGGAACACACUGCACUCAGCAACCUUUUCAGCUGCUUGUGGUUCAACGAGGUCCAUCUGUUCACUCCGAGAGAUCAGCUGAGCUUUGGUUACGUGGUGCACAAGCUAGGGGUCAAACCGUUCAAGCACUUCAUGUUUCCGAACUGUGAGUACAACUCGCUGUUUGUGCUGCAUCCACACACGAGGGAGCAUUCGUCGAAGGUAGAGUGGGUGAAGAGUUUGAGCGAGUUUAAGGGGAAGGGUAGCAGCAUGAAGGAGAGUAGAGGUGGGUUAGGCUUGUGGACUCCUUAUCCUGGCGAUCUUAGUUCCGUUGUAUUGCCCAAAGUUGUACGAACAUCAAAAGCAGGGUAAAUCUGAUACCGAAUGCAGGAUUCCACUUUCAAUACAUUCAUUAUGUUUGCUUCCAUCGGUCUUAUGCUCCAUCUAGCUUCACUAACAAGUAGUGGAUGGAGGGUUGCAUCUCCACUUUCAUAUCUAAACCUCCAGAAUUUUGAGAACUGGUCUAGGAACUUCAAUCCAUCUCACGAUUUGGUUUCUUCGCAUCAGUACACUCAUUUAGUAACUCUGGUAGAACUGAGCAGCAACAUCAACUAUCUACAAACUCGACCCAUUUGCCAAGCGUAAAUGCGUGGUGUAGCCAUGGACGAUGGCAAUGCUCCUGCAAAUUGGCAACACUAAUGCUGACAACCAUCUAGAAACAGAAAUAAAAAACGCAGUAAGGAUAGAAAAAGGGGCUCAGUGCUCUUACAAAAAAUGUCCAAAAAGAAUCCAUUUGCCAGUUCAGCUUACACGAGAAAGAAGGGGCAGGCAAGAGAAAAGAGAAGCGUCUCAUGGAAAGGGGGGUUUCCACUAUCUAACAGCCGGCGCCCUGACUCUCUUUAAAACUACUGAAAAAAUAAAUCAUGUCCCAUAAGCCACAAACUGGGCAUCGCCAACUAAUAGCAGAAUAAAUAAAUUACAAAACAGGGGGAGUGUAAAACAGUCGUUAUGAAGAGUGCUAUAUAAGCAAGACAAAUAUAUAAACUGGCACAAC